AUGUUUCCUGCCUCCUCUCAAUCGUUGUCAUCUUCCUGUGACCAUUCUCUGACAACCACCACCACCACCACCACUGCUAAUCUCAAUCACCAAGAUCGCUUCUCCACAUCUCCAUUAUGGUAUGGGAACACUCCAAGCCAUCACAUGUUUGGGUAUUUGUCACUGAGUGAUCAUGCUACUAGCACCAGCAUGUGUCGUCAUCAUUCUUCCAAUGCUUGUACUUCUUCUUCUCAUGAGGGAAGAACACUCAUGUUGAAUUUGGAUGUGAAUGAUUUCAUGACAUGCUAUUUAUUCAUGAAGAGUCAUACAUCAGCCACUACUACUACAACUCAUUUCACGUGUUCCUCAACCUCAAGGAACGUUCCAGAAUUCAUCCAAAAUGUUCAAAAUUCAACAACCACCAACACCAUGGAAUGGGGAGAUGUCAUGAUGAUGAGUAAUUCCGCAUGUGAUGAAGAAGAAUCCUUCUUCUUCUUUCACCAUUCGCAACCACCACAAAAGGAAACGAUCAUCAGUCCUCUUCAGUCCUCCUCUUCUCCAUUAAUGGGUGUUACAGUUAGCACCAACACCACAAUGAAGAAUGUGGAGGAUUUCAUCAACACCGCCACCACUACCACCAACUGGACAACACCUCAUGAGGUGGCCGAGACAAUGACACACUCCUCCUCCUGCUCCCCAACAACAACAACAACAACAACCCUAUCAAUCACACCACCACCAACAUCCUCUCAAUUCAGUAACAAAUCUUCUUCUCUCUCAUUGAUUUUCGAAGAGUCCAAGACGGAUAGUCCAUCCUUAAAGAUGAAAAAGAAGAAGAAAAAACGAUCCAUUAAUCCCAUCGAUGCUUCGUUGAAGAAAAUUUCAAAACCCUCAAAAGUCACUUUUCAAACAAACAAGAAAAACUCAAAGACUCCGUUGAUAUUCAUUAAUGUCAACAACUCGAAACAACAUCAACAACCCCCAUUAUUGACAAGCACGACCACCACUCAAGGACUCACAGAAUUACCAACAACAAAUCCUCCAAAACCUGAAUCGAUGCAAUUUACAUUUCCCUCAUGGACCUUCCAUCUUCUCAAUACAAGUCCAGAAGAGGAAUCUAAUUCUUCUAAAAGCAAAACCAAUUCUUUAAUCUCAUCCUCUCCCUCUAAGGAAACCUCUAAACAAACUUCAAAUGGAGUGAAAUUUAAGGUGGAAACAAUAUCUCCAUUUCAUUCCUUGUAA